GCCGCGGAGCCCAGGCUCUCCCUCCGGACGCUCCCCGGAAGUCGCAGGAGCGGGUUCCCGGGGCCGCAAGGAGUGCGAUGCACAAGGUUACUUUCAGACCCGGGGACCUGCAUUUGCAAGGCCCUGGGUUCAAUACCCACUGCUGGAAGGGAAAGGCACACGCACACACACACACACACACACACACACACACAGUGCAGGCAGGUCAUUCCAUUUCAGGAAGGUCUGAUAUAUUUUACUUAUAUAUAAAGACCAGGAGACCCUUCUCAUAUAUUUACUUAUUUGUUUAUUUAUAUUUACACAGCCUGUAAUCCAGCAUUUGGAAAGACUAGGAGACCCUUCUUAUUUAUGUAUGUAUUUAUUUAUAUUUAUGCAGCCUGUGAUUCCAGCAUUUGGAAAGACCAGGAGACGCUUCUUAUUUAUCUAUUUAUAUUUACACAGCUUGUAAUUCUAGCAUUUGAAAAGACCAGGGGACCCUUCUCAUAUAUUUCUAUUUGUUUAUUUGUUUAUUUAUAUGUAGACUGCCUGUAAUUCCAGCAUUUGGAAAGACCAGGAGACCUUUCUCAUAUAGUUUUAUUUAUAUGUACGCAGCUUGUAAUUCCAGCAUUUGGAAAAACCAGGAGACCCUUCUUAUCUAUCUAUGUAUUGUUUAUUUAUAUUUACACAGCCUGUAGUUCUAGCAUUUGGAAAGACCAGGACCAGCCUCUGAUGAUGAUGAGGUCGUAGCUGGAACACCCCCAAAACCCAUCACUCGGGCUUGAGACUGACUCCUGCCCUUUAGAGCCAUCCGACGUUUAGAAAUUUAAAGGAAAAAUUGGAGGAAAUUUAAGAAGUUAAAUUGAGAGAAUUUUUUAAAAGACUUAAUUCAUUCCUCCGGGAGUAUGGGGAAACAACAGGGCGAGCCUUCUGACCGCGGUCGCAUUUGGAUAAGUCCUUCCCGGGACCUGGUUCCAGUUUCUACAAGAGAAAUCUAACCCCACAUUCCCACCCGCCGGAAUCUUCCAUCGAAGCCGAGAAAGCUAAUAAAAGUGAGUGGGGGAAGUUAGACCCCCGAGAGCCGCGUCUCCCCGAGCCUGCACCGAGCGGGAGCGAGGGGAACUCUUAUCCCCGGGGCUGUGCUCGGAGAUCCGGGUACGCGGCGGGCAGGCCGCCGGCCCCUUCCCCUCGCCCCGAUGCCAUCCUCGCCCGUCACCCGCACAGCCGGAACGCCGGCGGGUUCUGCAGCAACGGCUCGGGAACUGCCGGCCUCCGCGUCCGCAGCGCCGCCGCCAGCCAGGCUGGAGCCGAGUCUGUCCCCAGCGUCUGCGCUCCUGCCGGCCACCGGAAACCAGCUAAUCCAGGAACAAUGCAAACAGAGAGGAGCAUCCAGAGUUUCGGCAGCAGAUACAGGCAAAUCCCUUUUAUGUAUGAUGUCAAGCGAAACGUGUACAAUGAGGAGAACUUCCAGCAGGAGCACAGGAGGAAGGGCCCUGCUUCCGGGAACGUAAACGUCAACAUUACCACCUUCAAACACCACGUCCAGUGCCGCUGCUCAUGGCACAAGUUCCUGAAGUGUGUGCUCACCGUCUUCCCCUUCCUGGAGUGGAUGUGUUUGUAUCGAUUCAAGGACUGGCUUCUUGGAGACUUACUUGCUGGUUUAAGUGUUGGUCUUGUUCAAGUUCCCCAAGGCCUGACACUUAGUUUACUGACAAGGCAACUGAUUCCUCCCCUCAACGUCACUUACGCUGCUUUCUGCUCUUCAGUCAUUUAUGUAAUUUUUGGAUCAUGUCAUCAAAUGUCCAUCGGCCCCUUCUUCCUUGUCAGUGCUCUGCUGAUCAACGUCCUGAAAGAGAGACCAUUCAACAAUGGUCACCUGAUCUUGGGAACCUUCGUCAAGGAUGACUUCUCUGUCCCCACCUUCUAUGUCAACUAUAACAGAUCCUUAAGUAUGGUGGCAUCCACAACUUUCCUGACUGGAAUCAUUCAGCUGUCAAUGGGUGUGCUGGGCAUGGGCUUCGUGGCCACAUAUCUCCCAGAGGCUGCAACCAGCGCCUACCUAGCAGCUGUGGCCCUGCACAUCAUACUGGCCCAGAUGACAUGCAUCUUUGGGAUUAUGGUCAGUUUCCACGCUGGUCCCAUCUCCUUCGUCUACAACAUAAUUAACUACUGCAUAGCUCUCCCGAAAGCGAACUCUACCAGCAUCCUGCUGUUCCUCACGGCUGUGGUGGCUCUGAGAAUCAACAAGUGCAUCCGCAUUUCCUUCAACCGCUACCCCAUCGAGUUCCCCAUGGAGCUGCUGCUGAUUCUUGGCUUCAGCCUCCUCACAAGCAAGAUAAGCAUGGCCACGGAGAACAGCAAGAUGCUGAUCAACAUGAUCCCUUACAGCUUCGUGUUCCCGGAGACUCCCGAGUUCGGUGUUCUUGGCAGGAUUGUUUUACAAGCCUUGUCCUUAUCUUUGGUGAGCUCCUUUCUGCUCAUCUCUCUGGGCAAGAAGAUUGCCAACCUCCAUAACUACAGAGUGAAUUCCAACCAGGAUUUAAUAGCCAUCGGCCUGUGCAACUUGCUGAGUUCCUUCUUCAGGUGCUGCGUGUUCACCGGCAGCAUGGCCAGAACCAUUAUCCAAGACAAAUCCGGAGGAAGGCAGCAGUUUGCCUCUCUGGUAGGCGCAGGUGUGAUGCUACUGCUGAUGGUGAAGAUAGGAAGCUUCUUCCACAACCUGCCUAACGCUGUGCUGGCUGGAAUCAUUCUAAGCAAUGUGGUGCCCUACCUUGAAGCCAUCUACAACUUACCCACUCUGUGGAGGCAGGACCAGUAUGAAUGUGUCGUUUGGAUGGUGACCUUCUCCGCUGCGAUUUUCCUGGGACUGGACGUCGGCCUGCUCAUCUCACUGGUCUUCACUUUCUUUAUCAUCACUGUCCGCUCGCACAGAACCAAGUUCCUCAUCUUGGGUCAGAUCCCCAACACCAACAUUUACAGAAAUGUUAUUGACUACCGGGAGGUGAUACUCAUCCCCGGGGUGAAAAUUUUUCAGUGUUGCAGCUCCAUCACGUUUGUUAACGUGUUCCAUCUGAAGCGCAAGUUGUUAAAAGAGGUCAAUAUGGUGAAAUUGCCUCUUAAAGAAGAAGAGAUUUACACUCUGUUUAAUGAAAGCGAGACCAGCGUAGCAGAAAACAGAAUCUGCAGGUGUUUCUGCGACUGCGAAGAGCUGGAGCCAGAGGCCAGGGUCGCCUACACAGAGCGGUAUGAAAACAAACAGGACCGGGGAUCGUCUAUCAACCUGAUCCGCUGCUCCUACCUGGGCAGUGGGGACACCAGCCCAACCACUUCUGAGGAGCAGAUCCCCUACACGGUGUCUUCCACAUCCCAGAGAAAUAUAGGAAACUUCGAGGACACGGAGAAAGCCUGGCUACCCAACAACCCCCCAAGAAACAGUCCACUACCUCCGCCCGAAAACUCAGAAAGCUUAGGGCAGAGUAGAUCGAGAUCCGCCAUCAUGCCUUACUCAGACACGAGUGUGCAGAUCAACACCCAUACCAUCAUUCUGGACUUUUCCAUGGUGCACUACGUGGAUAAUCGGGCUUUGGUUAUACUAAGGCAGAAUGACAAUCUGAGCAAUCUGAGACUUAAAACGGGGAAUGCCAUCUUAGAAGGUUCCCAACAUGCAAGUCCACACUACGCCAAGACCCACAAGGCUGUUAAGGAUGACUUGGAGUUUGACCUAAGUCCAGGCUUCACCAAGACCCACAAGGCUGUUAAGGAUGACUUGGAGUUUGACCUGGACUCCAUGCUGGCUUCUGAACAGACCAGCGGGAUGGAUCUCAAUCUGGACCUGGACUUGGACUUCGAGGACCGGGAGUCAGAGCUAGACCCUGGAUCUGAGGUGGAUUCUGAGAUCCAAGCCAAACCUGAGCAAGAGCUGGAGUCAGAGCUUGAGACAGACGCCCAGACAGAGGCUGAGACAGAGGAAGAGCCAGAGCUGGAGCCAGAGCCGGAGCCAGAGAAGAAGCCACAGCCAAAGACCAGGGCCAGGGCUCAGAGCCCCUGGCGGAACUACCUCACCGCCUAUCGCUUCGGUUCUUCCAGCUCCCAGUCUGGAGUUCCGCCUCAGACACGCCCGGCAGAAAAGAGACAGCCACAUACUUAUCCAAACUCUCCCCAAAACAAUAAGGACCCUUGGUAGGUGACUCCAAAAGCAGGCAGAGUAUCUUGGCAAAUCCUUCCUGCCCAGCUCAGCAUGAGAUCUAGACUGGGUACAAGCUACAGUCCUACUCUGUGCCCCCUCCACCUGCUGACUGCCUUCUUCGUGGAUUCUGGGGUCACAGGCCCAUCGUACUCUGGGGCUGUGGGACUCAAGCUGGACAGCUGUCUCUGGGUUCUGUCUUCAGGCGUUGUAGAUUGCAUCUUCAACAGAUUCCAGGGAGGCCUCCCUGCAUGUGCUCUGGGGCUGUGCCAGCUUCUCUCUAAGCUCCUCCUUCGUCUCUGUUUUCCUUUCUCCAAAGAAAUGAAGCUUGAAUAAAAUACAGGACUCUACUUAACCCUGAGAUCUCACUG